GACACCACUCCACCUAUCCCUAUUGACACCACUCCACAUGUGAACCUCCAUGCAAACCCCCAAAUCCACCAUAAGAUAUAACACAUGUUUCUUCUAAUAACAAACCACGAUGGCAAACCUAACAAUUAUCGCUCUCACCUUAGCCGCCCUUGUAGCCUUCGAUACCGCCCACACAACCAUCAUCACCACCACCAUUGAAGACGAGAACCCGAUCUCCGAACAAAGGCAGUGUAGCCAACGCUUACAGGGACAACGGUUGAACCAGUGUCGCAUGUUCCUCAUGAAGGGCCAGAUUAAUGACGAAGAAUACUUCCCUCAGAUGGCGAAACCGGAGGAAGUCAUCCUGCAGUACUGCUGCCAAGAGCUCCAAAACAUCGAAGAACCGUGCCAAUGUGAGGCGGUUAAGCGGGUGUACCGAGAUGUCAAGCAGCAGCUGCAGCAACAACAGGGACCGCAUUUUGGACCCUUCGGUUUUCAGAAGAUACAAAAGUCGAAGCAGAAGGCUCAGGUGCUCCCUAACCUAUGCAACCUUCAUUCAAAACAAUGCCAAAUUGGAACGAUAGAGGGAAGCAACCGGUUUCGAAUCCCCUUUUAAGGAUAUGCAUGUAUAUGUAUAGGUCGGUCAUGUGUAACCGUGGCUUAAUUAAAUUUUAUCUUUUUUAUAAAAUGACAGAUGAAGUGAGAAAUAGUUUCUUUUAAUUUCAACUGCAUUACGCAAGAGUUGCUUUUUUAAUUGAGAUGUUAUUAUAGUGACACAUCUUUUCCUCCUAUAUGUAAAAGAUAAUAGUACACCGAGUGGCAGAUUUUUAAGGAUG